AUGGUAGGAGGAAGUGGGAACAAUAAUGAAGGAGGAGAUCUGAGUGAGGUUGUAAAGCAGGGUAAAGCUGACCUUUGGUGGCAACAAAAUGAGACUACCAUCAAAGCACUACCUGGUUUCAAUUGGACUAUGUUUCAGGAGAAGGUUAGGGACAAGUUUUAUCCCAGUUUCCUACAGAAACAGAAGGUUGGGAAAUUUUCCAACCUAGCAUUGAGAGAUAUGUCAGUCACUGAGUAUUAUACCAAGUUUAUUGAGCUGUCAAGGUUUACCAAAGAGUCUGUUGCUACAGAAAAGGCAAAGGCUAGGAAGUUUGAGAGUGGAUUGACCACUGAUCUUCAACUAAAGCUGUGUGGACAAGUGUUCAAAACCUUGGAUAAAGUUUAUGGGAGGUCUGCACACCUUUAUGCUUUGGAGUUGAAGAAAAAGAAGGAAUUAGCUGAGGUGGAAGGAAAGGAAAAGAGAAAAGAGAUGGGACAGAACUCUGGAAACCCUCAAGGGAACAAAGGAGCACAACAAAGUGGGGUGAAAAGCAACAAUAAUGGGAAUGAUCAGGUGAAGAGUGGAGCUCCAGGAAAGCUAAAUGUAAUAAGUAGGCAUGAAGCUGAUACUACGAAGGAUGUUAUUACUGGUACUUUUUCUAUUAACUCUAUUCCUGUUAAAGUUUUGUUUGAUUCUGGUGCAACUUUUUCUUUCAUUUCAAAAGCCAUUGUUUCAAAGCAAUCGCACUGUUUGAAAACCAUAGAUGUCAUAUAUGUACCUAUAGUUAUUCCCACGGGCGGGGUAAUAAAAUGUACCAAAACCUGUAAGGAUGUGCCAUUAGAGAUCAAAGGAAAGGUGUUUUUGUUUGACCUCAUUGAAUUUGGGUUGAGUAACUUUGAUAUCAUCUUGGGAAUGGAUUGGUUGAGCAAGUAUAGUGCGAAGAUUCGUUGUCGAUCACAAAAAGUGCAGUUAAGUACAGCUGAGGGUGAGUUGGUAACACAUUGGAAGCAUGGUGAAGCAAAGUGCCUAAGAAUCAUCUUUAUGAUAAAGUUGGCUAAGUAUAUUAAGAAGGGACAUCCAGUAUAUUUUUGUACUGUAAAGAACUUGGAACACGAAGAGACAAUUAAGCUUGAGAACAUAGAAGUGGUGAAUGAGUUUCUUGAUGUGUUCCCAGAAGAGAUUCCAAGGAUUCCACCUAAGAGAGCAAUUGAUUUCACAAUAGAGUUGGUCCCAGGGACAACACUAAUUUCCAAGGCACCAUAUCGAAUGGCACCUGUAGAAAUGACUGAGUUAAAGGAGUAA